CUUCAAGCUGCAACAUUCGAAACGUGUUCGCCCCAUAUGGUUCGGGAUCACGAUUCACCGUAACGACCGUAACAAUCGUUCGAAAACGUCGGAAAGAUCGGAAAAUUGGUGGAAUCAUGAGUUGAGAAUAUUCGACCGCCUCUCGCGCUCGAUCUCGAGAUUCCCGAGGACCAGUUGCCGACAUGUUGGUACCACUGUCGAUUGAUCGCACGUAUUUUACCCAGAAUGUGUAUCGUAUAUAUUUAUUCGUGGGUCCCUCUGGGCGAAUGUAAACAGAAUUUUUCGCAAAUAUGAAGUGACACGGCCGAUUUCUGCGGCUGCGACUCGCGAUACGUGCCGUGGUUACGUGUUUGCUGCGGAAGAUUCGACUCGGAUAGUGGUCUGUGUGUCUGUCGGAUAUUUCGGAGCGCGUUACGGUGACCAAAGGAUAUACCCAUCGGAUAGAACGGGUUCGCGUUCGACCGUCUCGAAGUGUUCGUUCAGUUUCGAUGAAGUGAAGUGGCGACGAACGCGGAAUCUUUGCUGGCACGAUGCGAGAGUAUCUACAGGAACUCGUUGAUCGUUCACUGACGUGAUGGGAGCUCAAGAUGUCUUCAACCAAAGCAGAUCCCAAAAGACCUGUGCAAGAAAUGUUUCGAUUAUCGCGGUCAGAUACAGAAAUCGCGUCUAAACACGAUGUCUCUAGAUCUUUGGAUAUCCAUAGAAUGAGAGAAAUACUGUGCUGCGAUUCUGAGCACUGUAAAAAUGAUAUAAGUAAUAAUCUCCCUGUGGAGAAAGACAUUCUAAAUAGGAUAGAAAAUGAAUCGUGUGACACGGCUGAAUGUUCAACAAGCAUCAACUAUUCUACUGGAAUAUGUUUGCUUAACCAUUGUUCAUCGAACAAAGAUGUUAAUCGUUUUACCUGUAAUUGUGAUAUAAUGUGUUGUCAAAAACAGAAACAAAUCUCAAAUAGUUAUGUGUGUUCUAAUACAUACAAUUCGUGGAGAACAAGGGCAGACAGAAAUUUGCUGCUGCCUACUACCAAGAGAGUCGGUACACAGUGGAGAAACUGUUUUUGGAGAACAUUUUUAAUUCCUUUCAUUGUAUUAUCAUGUACAUUAUUAUGUAGUGCAGAUCACAAUGAGUGUGCACAUGGCCUCAAAACACCAGGAAGAACUUGGCCUCAAGGGGAUAUUGUUCUCGAAUACGGUCAAUCGUUAAAAAUACUUUGUAUAUUAAAUAAAACGUUUGACAGCUAUUUGCCUGAAGGAAAUGCUUCAGAUCUUAUGUUUUUUCGAAACAAUAAGGAAAUGGAACCACAGUUUAUUACAAUCGUUAAUGAAACUACAAUAUCAUUGGAUGUAGAACAACCUCCUCCUGCAGAGGACAUGUACUAUUGCAAAUUGAGGCCACAAAAUGACUCUAACAAGAAACCUGAAGCAGUUUGUUUGAACAAAGUUGUAGUGGGAUAUAAACCUAAAGAACCGAAGAAUUUCUCCUGUGUGUCCCACAACUGGGAAAAUAUUACAUGCUCAUGGGUGCCCGUCCAGAACUACGUUACAACGAAAUUUACGCUUGUAUUCAAACUACCGGGAAGAGCAGGACGAAAAUUGUAUCCUUGCCCACAUGAAAAUCAAAAACAUUUGCCACCGAAUACAUGUCUGUGGGACACAUCAACGAACCCGAUUUACCGUCAGCCAUACGAAUAUUAUACGUUCAUCUUAAACGUGGAGAACGUGCUAGGAAAUGCCAGUUUUACAUACAGAUUUCAUCAUUUUGCUCAUGUUAUUCCUGCAAAACCGGCCAAUUUAUCAGUGAUUAAUAAAACAUCGGAUAGCGUAUUACUGCAUUGGAGCGUGCCUUUUCCUAUGCAAAACUUUCCACCUGGCUUACACCACAGAAUAAUGUACCAAAAUCACUGGCAUACUAAAGACACCUGGCAGGUAAUUAAUAUUACGAAUGACAUUCGCGACUCCAAGAGACAUUAUAAUCUCUCCGGAUUGGAGUACGCUAACGCCGGCUACGAUGUACGGGUUUCCAUGAAGAGUUCCGUCGCUACAGGGGAAGAUAAAUGGAGUGAGUUUAGCGUGGUUGCGUUCAGAACAUCGCCAACAGUACCUGGCCGUUCUCCAAAAACCGAUAUCGGGAGCUUCGAGGUAACGGCGGAGAGCAGGGACACCAGAGACGUGUAUUUGUAUUGGCAAACUAUACCGGAGUACUUGAAGAACGGUGACAAUUUUACAUAUAAGAUCGAACACGUUGAAGAGAAUGGAAAGAAGCUGGCGAUUGUUCCCAGUGAAAGGACAGAUACAUAUGUUAAAUUCAAGGGAAUUAAUCUCAACAGUUAUUACAGAUUCGAGAUUGUUUCGACAAAUAUUGUCGGAAUGAAUAAGGAGCGCGCUAGAAUCUUUGUUCCUAGUCAAUAUGAAAUACCGCACGGACCUUUGGCGUUUACAAAAAUAGCAUUUCACGGCGGUCUGUACGAGCUGUCUUGGAAGCUACCUAUUAUGAACACCGAAGUUACAAAUUAUACAAUUUUUUGGUGCGAUAACGAUAACCGGGAUCGCCCUUAUCAAUGCACCGGUUAUCUGGACUGGGUGCAUGUGAGCAAGAAUACGACGAUCUAUAAUAUGACUGUGCCGGAUCCAAACAAGGUUUACCAGUUCGCGAUCUCCGCGAAUACCCAUAAAGGAAGCAGUGGUAUGAUGUGGGCUUCGUGCACUGUGAUGCAUGACGACGGUGUUGGAAAGAUGAAGUCCGUUUGGAUAAAUAAAAUCGGCUCCGACUAUAUUCAAGUUGGGUGGAAGUUGGACUGUUCCGAUCGCAUUGGAAUUGUAGAGGGAUUCAACAUAUAUUAUUGCCCUAUAGUAUCGCCGUAUAAUUUGAACUGUAAAGGCCCGAAGCUUAAUACAACGAUAAAAGCGGAUCCCCAUACUAUUCACGGCAUGGUGACCAAUUUAAAACCGUAUACGACCUACAGCCUAUCUGUCGCCGUGUUAAUCAAGAACAAAGAAGGAAAAACCAGCGACCCUUUGUACAAUACAACGUUGGAAGCCGCCCCAUCGACGCCUCCGCAAGACGUCAAGGUCUUUAACGUGACCAAUACAACUAUGUUUAUCACAUGGAAACCGCCAGAUGCCAUGAAUGGCGUUUUGAGAUACUACGAAGUAAAAUUUAACGGAUGUGAACGAAAGGUUGACGAAGCGAAUCAUAUAAAACUGGAGAACCUUAAGGUCCACACGAAUUACAGCAUCAGCGUGGCGGCAUGCACCGUGGAUUGCAGCCAAGCGUCACCGAUUAUCUACGAGGUUACCAAGAUCGGUGUGCCUGGCAAAGUAGGCGUUCCCAACGUCAGAUUCAUAAAUUCUAGCCAAGUGGCCGUUAAGUGGAACAAACCUGACAAUAGCGCUGGUUAUUUGGAUUACUAUCAGAUAUCUACGCGUGACGGUGACAUAAAAAACAGUACCAAAACAGAGGCUCAUUUGUCAAUUCCUGACUGCAAAACGGUGGGGAGAGAACAGUUAUACGAGUUUCGCGUGAGAGCUGUUAACAUUGCACCCAAUAAUGAGCACCUGCCAGGAGAAUGGUCCGAUCCAGGCGAUGGAAAUUGCUACAGCGAUGGUCCGUCGUUCAGCGUCUGGAUUAUGAUAUGGGUGAUAGGAGCAGUCAGCAUUGUAGCGGUACUUCUUUGUGUCGGACAUGUGUCGAAGAGAAUGUGGAUGAAGUGUAAAGCUAUGCAGGACGUCGGAGUCAAGUUACCACCUGGAUUAGCGCCCAACAUGAAGCUCCUGCAGAAGGGAGGUGAACAGCACAUUCGGCAAUCAUCAGCGGACUCAAGUGGCUGCUCUAGCGGUCAAGAAUCCGUCACUUCUUCUCUCACGUCUGACUCUCAGGUUUCAAGUGACAGUGGCACGGAGAUAGAUCCAAUGCCGGUGUCGCCGAACAAGUUGAUGGAAACGUUACAGCCUUGGGAGUCCUCGAGCUUGCGGCAGAGGAACGUCGGGGUAACAAGGCCUGGGUUCACCGCAGACGCAGCUCGUUGGGAACCAUACGUAAAAGUGGCGAAAUCAGGAGAACCGAUAAUCGGGGACUCCUUGUCUCUAGCAAGAUCGACACCCAAUUUAACCGAUAGCACUGGCUUCACAACGUCCCAGCACACAUGGUCCUCGACCGGCUAUAUCAGCAUGCCGUCAUCCGAGGAGCUAUCCAGCAAUCCGAGCCCUGUGCCCAAAGAAACAACAACAGCAGGUGGUUACAGUGUGAUCGGAGCAGCUCCAAAGCCAGUGAAAUCAAAAUCCAAGGAUGACGGUGACUUGACAGACCCCACUGCGAAGACACUGAUCCCAAUUAAAGCGGAGACCAAGCCCGCCAAUGCCUACAUAACCCUGGCAUCCUUGGAGCAGAAACAGAAGGACAAGAAGCCCAUAGAUACCUUGCGCGACUUAGAUGACCUGGCAUUCACGGAGUCGAAAGCGAAACUGGAGACUUUGACACCGUUCUCCACUGCCGAGAAGACGUCGAAACCGUAUGUCCAGACAGGCUUGAUCGAUUCGCUGAAGAAGCCAUUCGCUUUGAGCAGUAUCGACGGUACAAGGAGCGCGACGAUGACCGCUCCAUUCGCAUCAACGUCUCUAACCGAUGCGUGCACCAAACCAUUUGUCUCCUCGUUUGCUAGUCCGACAUCCUUGCCGUCCACCAUGGACUCCCCGUCGAAGCCGUACGUCUCGGUGUCUUCUAUCUCUGAGAUGGCGAAGAAGCCGAACUAUCAGCCAACUGUUUCGGAAGGAUCGCCCAAAGCUGGCCCUCCAGAGUCUUCGACGACCGAUGGUUCGAAACCAUACGUCUUGGCCAGCACCGUUUUCCAGAGACUACAGCCGCAGCAAAUUGGAAAAACGGAAGCAACGGAGCCCACGGAGGACAAGAACGAGGAGGACAACUCUGCUUACACGCGCUAUUGGCCAACAGGAACGCACCCGGCCGGCAAACUGGAUGUUGACAAGACGAUCAUCGCCAGCAAACCGAACACCGGUUACGUCACCAUAGCGGAGAAUCCAAAGUUGGAGCAGCACAGGACGUCCACCGUGUCGUCUCCGUACGUGCAGCACGAGAGGUUCGAGAAGCCGCUUCCGCCGACUGCCGCUGGACAGUCCGACGAGCAAUACAGUAAAGUGACUGUUGUGCCAAGUACUAUCCAAUGAAGGGGCUGUUAGCGACCCAUGAUAGUGUAAUCGGUCGUCAUUACACAGGACUGUCCGGACGAAACGGACCGAGUUGGUGCAAUACGACACUGCGUUUGUAGGUACUUGCCGAACCUGUCCUGUGUUUGGUUUUUUACGACUAUAGUAUUCUUAGAUUGGCUGAGAAAUUGUAAGGAUCUUAGACGCUCCACGGUCAUGGUGUUUCUGCGCAGUGCCCGGGAAACAUGAUUCAGAGAAACUCGUUUCACAACACUAUAGAGAUGGAAAAGUGAAAUCAUGGUCUUGUUCGUGGAAGCAUGUACAAAAUGGGUUACUUUUGUAUCAUAUUAUCGUGCAAUGUGACGGCGAGGAUCACACUAGCGACGCCAUAGCCUAAGAUAGCUGUAGGAUAAGUAAAUUAUGUGGCAUACGCCUGUCGUUACGGAUAGACUAUCGUUGCUGGAACAUUCGGAUCACUUCGCUGGCUAACCGUGUUAGCAUUGUAAUUUUUAUCGAAGCUUUCAACCCUUCGAAGGGCGGUAGUUUGUUUUCUGAAGAUGAUAUCGAAGGUCUUGUUACGUGAGGAUCACUUUGAGACGAUAUGGGUGGUUCUCUAGUAAUAUUAUCUUCCGUUCAGCAUACUGUUUAAUUAAGAGAGUUGUAUUAAACUAAAUGGAUAAACUAUAGAGGGUUAAUCGACUCUGUGUAAAAAGAAAGCUGUUCCGACGAUAGGUUUCUCGAAAUGUUGUUCCCGUUCGAGCGUCAUGUCAAUAACAGGAGUAUGCUUCGCCUUAGAGUGCAUGAUAGCGACAUGCACACAUUAAUCGUGGUUUUGAUUCAAGGACCUUCGUGAAUGUUUAAGAGUUGCUGUUCGGUAGAGAGUGGUACUUCGAAAGAAGAAAAUAUUCGUGGUUCACUGUCUUCUCAAAACUUAUCGCACGCAAGCAAUCGUCCACUAAACCUUGCCUUGGAAUUGGCACAAAGAAUCGCGAGCAGAAGACAGCGGUGCACGAGUACUUUUUUCCCUCGUUUGUACAGGGUGAGACACAGCAAUCAGGUAAUACAAAUUUGUGUUGGAAUUGAAGCUGGCAAAUCGGGACCAUUUUGAUAGCAUAAACGUCAUUUGUGCACUGUUUAAAUGUCGCUGUCUACCUUUAACUUCACAAUCUCAGCUCACAGUUCAGUGAACAACGGCACAGAAAGUUCAACGACCUAGCAAAAUGACCUUAAGACGCAGAAUGCAUGAUCAAAUAUAUUAUUUAACCCUGCACUUGUACACUGUGAAGACAUCGAUGACCGUAAAAUACUUUGAAACUUGGAACGAACGAAAAAGUUUGUUUAUGCUAUCAUGAUAUUUUCUUUUAUCUUCAGCUCCAACACAGAUUUGGCUUCGUUUCGUUUCGCGUGACUCACCUUGUACAUUUGUUGUAUUUCGAGGAGCAAUAAGGUUCUCGAAUAGUCGUGACCGACGAAAAGAAAAAAAAAACAAACGAAAGUUACACGCGAUCACGAAUUAAUCGCUUUGGUCGCGAGUUUCAGUUUUCGCCGCAAAUCGACCAGCGACGAAAAUUCAAAUGAACAGACCGUCGAGAUAGAGAUAUAUGUAUAUUUGUUUUUCUUUUUUUAGUUACAUACGUGGAGCACACGCAAGGAAUUCUUUAACGCUGCAAUCGCAUUCGUGCGCGCAAUUUGUUUAUUUGUACAUAACAACUAGAUUGCGGAUGUUUAUGCAGGUAUAGAGAUCUUUAAUUCGUUGGAACUGCGAUCGAACGGAAGCUCGUUUGCUCUGUUUUAGGGUACUGUCAGGUUCUGAAUGGGACUCAAACGUCGUGCUAAGCUUUAUGAAUGCGUUUACACUAGAACCACCGUGAGCUUCACACGUGACUGGUUCGUAUUGCCUUAUGAAAAUAACGAGACUGCACUUAUUCAGAUUACUGCGAGAUUUUUACGUGUCCCGAACAAUUAAAAUCUAUUCGAUGAUUUCCUAGUAGAAGCAACGUUUUAUCACUUUCGUAAUCGUAAGAUAAGGAGUCUGAAAGGAUUCUGACUAAUCCGGUGGUUCCAGUGUCGAUCGGACUGUACUUUAGACAAUCGUGUUUACGCUAUAAGUGCAUAAAAUCCGCAGUAUAAACAAUACAAUUUUACAAAUCGUUCCUGUAGUACCUUACUAUCGCUGGCAACGAUCGAAACAGAGAACUACGCAGUAAAAAGGAAACUAUGGUAACGAGUACAGGGUCAAGGAUAAUAAGAUAAGGAAUGAUUAAUCAAAUUGCAGGUUUGAGAGCAGUUAGAUUUUUGCACAUUUUCUACACGCGUAUAUGUAAAUGUUUCUAAUCGUCUGUUGAAGAUCGUCGAACGACUGCUGAACGCGUCACAGAAUAAUAGAACUUCUUUAUCGUUUCUGUUUUACGAGUAGCCUUUGCUGACCGCAUUCUUCAACGUUCUUGUAUUUAAUCACUUUUAAAGGCUGACAGUUUUCGCCGUUGAUCUUUUAUGAAUCGUUAUUAGCUCGCCGAUCUUCAGGCAACAUUGGAUGCCGACUAUUUUAAUAGUUAUUUCUUCUGGCAUCGUUAGCGGCCUAUAUAAAAUCUUUCAUUUUAUUACCACCGAAAUCGUAGAAGUAUUCCUGCGAGAGAUCAUGAAAUCAACUAAUUUAACCGUGCAUUGUUGCAACGAUUUAUUACGCGUAGAAUAUUCUAAACCCAUUUUUGUCACAAGUAGGUAAAAUCCGCAACGAAAUUAUCGUCUGCCAGCGAACAAAUACUAUUUUAUACGUGGCUGCAGUUUCUUGUCGACACGACGGUUUAGUUUUAAGGUCAGAGAAAUUGUUUGCACAGUUCGGGACUACUUUCGGCGGUCAGCAAGGAUUAAUCGAUCAUGAGUCAUCGAAAUGUUCACGAAACGCUAGUACAACAGUCAGAGAUGGCCCAUUAAUUACAGCAAUUUUAAGGAUCACGUAAUGCCAUUGAAACAUUUAUGUUGAAACAAAGCAAGAUUAUAUAUCUAUAUAUACACAUAUAUAUCUAUAUGUAUCUAUGUAUAUAUAUAUUUGUAUAUAUACAUAUGUAUGCAUAAUAUUUUAAGCUAGUCAUUGACGGGGUACAUAAGUUUUUACAGGUCUUUUUUCUCUCUCUUAAAUAAUUACAGUUUUUACCAUCAAUCAUCGUGGAGUAAUUGUUUUAGAUAUUUGAAAUAUUGUUGCGACGUUGUUGGAUCAUUGGUUGCCGGGUUAAUUAUAUCAUUCGAUUCUGAAUCACUGUAAGGAAAAUUAAACGGAAUCGUGAAUAUUGACACAACGACAGUGUUAAUCAAUCAAUCUUUCCAGUAAUUUGUUCGUGGAAAAGUUUUAUACAGAGUCGAGUGAGUCGGAGACCGGAUAAGAAAUUAUUUGUCUCGCGUAUAGAUCAUUCGCGUGAUAUCUAGUAUUAAAUAAUUCAAUCGAUCACUAAUCAAAUUACUGUACCAUACAGAAACGUUGCAUCUAUUGAAUCUAUAUUCGAACGAGUCCACGGAAGCUUUAUUUAUCAUUUUAACUAUUUAUAUCCGAUCGAACAUCUUUUACAGCAUAAAUCACAUUUUUUCGAUCGAUGCGUUUACUACCAGCAUUUAUUUUACCGUUUUUUUCGUAGCUACGAUCCCAUGUUUUUACGAUCAUUGAAUGCAUAAACAGGACCUCCUGGAAAAUUAUCAAACAUAUUGAUCCAAGUCUCAAAGCUUCCGUGGGCUGAUGUUCGAGUUAACUUUUUUCCACUGUUCGUACAACGCAUCGACCCCCGUGGUCGAUGGAACACCCUGUAUACACCUGUACAAAAAAGGCCUGAGAGGAUUUGUAGCCGAGUUAUUUUGCAAGUCCAAACAAUUUCCGCCGACCGUAUCUUGUCGAAAGGAAAUGAAACUUGUUAACCGGACGACGGUUUUAUUAGCACGAGCAGCGUAAUCCGAGACGGGUAAAAUUAGUGUGAUAAACGAACCGCGGAUGUUUGCGCAAAAUGAAAUUUCCGUAGACAAACGGAGGCUCGAUUACAAUUACAAUGGCAUUGAAAUCAUUCGAGUUACCAAAUUAUUGCCUUCUAUAAUUGGUAUAUCAUUUUAAACGUGCCUGUACGACUGUAAUUCACGCCGGAGCGCGGACGGUUGUUUCGCGAUGAAACGCAAGAAUCAUUGGUCGGACGAGGAACAGAAAGCUAUCGAUUGACGAAUUCGACGAGUUAACUCGUCGCCCCCCGGUUGAUAGCUUAACAAAGCCGUUGUUUGCACUUGCGAAAUGAUUGUGUAACGGGUUCCACGGAAGAAUUCGACGUUCGUUCGUGGAACCGUCUUUGGAGCGAGCUUACGUGUACUCGUAUGUUAAUAUUGUUGUUACUAAGCGAGCUAGCCGCUAAUAUUUAACGAAUCGCGUGUGUAACGUAAGGGAUUGCUAUUUAGUUUAAGGUUGAGAAUUGUUAGCACCUUGUCUUCGGAAUCGUGGCGGUGGUAUGUUCGUUUUAAAUCCAAUUCUUAGGCCAACACGUUUCCCCAGUAAACCCAGCGACGUGCCGUCAACGGAAGCUCUUUUGUGGGGUCAUUUACAAUCCCAUAGCCUAGAGUUACGUCCUCGGUGUUUUCGAAAAUUUGCAGCCUCCUUUGUAAGCGAAGGACUUAGCGUAGCAAAGUGUUGUUCACCCGUCACAGUAGUUUUUAAUGCUGGUUCUAAACGCUUCUUUACGCGGUACCGCUGGGUUUACUGCUUUUAAUUGUCCAGUCUACCUCAAAGCAUCACGGUAUAGCGGGAUAAUAAAUUCAUUACAACGAUGGACAGAAGCCGUGGGUCUGAGAUUGCUUUUAGGACUGUCCUAUAUCUGGAUACCUUUUGUUAAUUAUCUGCUCCGAGUCACGUUUUACGACUCUACAGAGUUUAUGCUGCUUUUCUUGGGAGUCGUUUCAUUUUAAAGUUCUGUUUAUAUUAUCCGAGAACUUAUAUUAAAUCAGGAGAACCCACACGGCGGCCUAAUAAAUCGUCUUUCUGCGAUAAAA